AUGGCGCCCUCCAUCCAAGCUGCACUCGGUGGGUUCGUCGGCUCCGUGACGCAUCUCGGACAUGAGAUCGUCAGUGCGUUCCUCGCGCUUUUCGGCGCUUUCCUUGCCUUUGGGCAGGCCAUUGCGUCGGUCUUCCUUCACGCUGGCCAGGCUGUACUGCAGCUGGGUACAGACCUCGUCCAGUCCGUGGCGGGCUUUGUGUUCGCGAAUUUCUUCAUCAUUGCCGUACUCGGUGGCGGCUAUUAUUUCUACACGACGCGUCAAGGUGGAGGGAGCAGGGGGAAGAGUACGCGGAGGAAGUGA